AUGUCAAAUAUCGCGUUUACUCGAAUCCAACGGGAAUGCAAAGAAGUGGUCACCAAUAAGGAGAUCGCUGAGACGGGUAUUAUGAUCGAAAUUCUAAACGAUUCCUUGUCGGAGAUCAAAGGACAAAUACGAGGACCGCCUGAUACUCCUUAUCAAGGAGGCUCAUUUGAUUUGGAAAUCAAAAUCCCUGAUUCCUACCCUUUCACUCCUCCAAAGAUCAAGUUCCUUACCAAGAUAUGGCAUCCCAACAUCAGUUCUCAAACCGGCACAAUUUGCCUGGACAUUCUGAAGGAUCAAUGGGCAGCAUCACUAACACUACGAACAGUACUUUUGAGCAUACAAGCGCUCAUGUGUUCCCCUGAGCCGAAAGACCCUCAGGAUGCUGUCGUAGCAAAGCAGUACAUGUCAAAUCCGGGUCUUUUCAAGGUAACCCGUUUUUCAUUCACGUUUAUUACGUUUUCUUGA